AAUCUUCCACCAACUAUCCAACAUUUUCAUACCUCUCCUUAGAUUUCAUCCGAGCUUUGUCAUCACCACACCAGCUUCAGAUUAUUUCAUAUCCAUUUGAGCAUAUAAUUCUUGCAAAAGAUUUCAUCUUUUUCUUUUUAACUGCAUGUAAAGAUUUUUUCACUGCCAGAUGGGGGUUAAAACGAUGUACUGAAAUCACCAAUCAAAACCAUUCAAGAAAAACCACCAAUCAGAUCCCAAGAUCCACAUUAAAAAAAGCGUUGACUUUGACUUUCAAGGUUUCUUCAAUGACCCUCAAUGCUUUUUGAGCCGUGUUCAUAUCUGUAACUUAAACCUUGAAAUACCCAUAUUGAAAAAUCAAAACUUUUUCGGUUUUUGAGCUGUAAAUAAAGUUGAAUUCUAAUGGUGGAAGAAGGAAAAGUUACCAUAAAAGAUAUAGUUGAAGAGGAUGAAAAUGAAAGUAAAAAAACAGGAAUCUUGGAAAAUUUUGAUUUUAAGGCACCAAUUGUUUGGUUUAAAAUGUUGUCAAAUGAAACACAUUGGACUGUUGUGGCUGCAGUUGUUGUUGUUUAUGGUGUAAAUCAAGGACUUGGUGGAGCUCUUGCUAGAGUGGGCACAGAGUACUAUAUGAAAGAUGUGCAGAAAGUACAACCUUCUGAAGCACAGGCUUAUACAGGAAUCACCAACAUUCCAUGGAUUAUUAAGCCCAUUUGGGGUCUUCUUACUGAUGUUGUUCCCAUUUUCGGGUUUCGAAGAAGGCCUUAUCUCGUUCUUGCUGGCAUUAUAGGAAUUCUAUCAAUGUUUUUCUUGUCAUUCAGCGCAAAACUGCAUAUUGUCCUAGCAUUGGUGACUUUAACUGCCGGAAGUGCUGGAGUUGCAAUAGCAGAUGUGACGGUUGAUGCUUGUGUUGCACAACACAGUGGUAUUCAUCCUCUUCUUGCUCCAGAUAUGCAAAGCUUGUGUGCUCUGAGCUCUUCCAUAGGCGCUCUAAUUGGAUUUUCUUUGAGUGGUGUUUUUGUUCACUUGAUUGGUCCAAAGGGAGUUUAUGGCUUGCUAAGUAUACCAUAUGCACUUGUGUUACUGGUUGGUCUUGUGCUCAUGGAACCCCACUCGCCGAGUUUUGCUUAUAAACAGAUAAGUGAGAAAUUUGGUGAUGCUGCUACAGCUAUGUGGACUACUCUGAAAAGUGAAGAUGUUUGGAGGCCGUGUUUGUAUAUGUAUCUCUCCUUUGCUUUGAGUUUGAAUAUAUACGAAGGGUUAUUCUACUGGGAAACCGAUUCAAAAGCUGGCCCAUCUUUCUCCCAGGAGACUAUUGGUUUCGUAUUAUCGAUUGGUUCAAUUGGAUCUCUUUUAGGUGCCAUACUAUAUCAGUACAGAUUAAAGACCCAUCCUUUCCGAGCUCUAUUAUUUUGGACUCAGUUGGUUUUUGGCUUGUCGGGAAUGCUUGAUCUCAUCUUCAUUUUAAGGCUCAACCUUAAAGUAGGAAUACCCGAUUAUUUCUUUGCGGUUUUGGAUGAAAGUGUCUUACAGUUGGUCGGACGUUUAAAAUGGAUGCCACUUCUUGUCUUAUCUUCGCAACUUUGUCCACCUGGCAUUGAAGGCACAUUUUUUGCUCUGCUCAUGUCAAUUGACAAUUUCGGUCUCAUGUCCUCAACAUGGUUAGGUGGUUUACUUCUUCAUGUCCUAAAUGUCACAAGAACGAAGUUUGACAAUCUGUGGCUUGCUAUUUUGAUUCGAAACUUGUUGAGGCUCCUACCUCUUUGUUUUCUAUUUUUGGUUCCUAAAAGUGAUACCAAUUUGUCUGAGUUUUCUCGUUUAGAGGUAUUGAGUAUUUUAGAGGACAAUGAAUCUCGAAUAGAAGUAUCCAGUAUUGUAGAAGACAUUGAAUUAUCGAAACCCGAGGAGGUGGAGCUUACUCCACUCGUCAGUAGUGUUGGUUGAACUCAAGUUAUAGAGACUAGAAACCCAGUGAUAGAUGCUGAUAGAAUUCACAAGCAUUAAGAAACAUAUAUUCCCGUGUUACAUUUAUACACCAUGGUGGCCAACUCAAUCGUGUUUACAAAGAACUGAUUGAGAAUGUUGAAGUUUUGAUAUUUGUUUAUUGAGAUUUGAGAAGACAAAGGAGAGGCACGACAGAUACUGCUUCGGGCUAAAAACUAGUUAAGUUCUUUCGAGACAAUUUGUAUCUUUUGUAUACGUUAUUUCGUUAACAUUUGUUAUUUUUUCAUUAUCAAUUAUAUAAUAUGUGAUUAUUCUUAA